CCUCGAGCGCAGAACGGCAUCUAUCCGCUGUAGAGCUGCGCUUCACCCCUCGCGAAGUACUGUGCCAUACUUCACUUCACUGCGCAAUCCGACGAAUCAACGGGUUGGUCGAGUGACGCGGUCCCGAAAUGCUGGAACCAGCGUAUUCGAAAAUCGCAUGUGAAAAGGUACUACCGCCAACAACAUCCAUCCUGUCGAUCCUCUCUACCCAGUACCUUUCCAAGCUCCCUUCUUGCUUCCCAAACCCAUCAGCUCAUAUUCUGCUGGCUUUGCAGUUUCACCAACCCCAGAUUGACUGGUGGACAGUCAUGUAACGGGCCUGCACAAGAUGGCUGCUGAACUUCGACGCCGGGCCAUCGGCGCAAACACGCCCUCGGCGGGCACGCCUUCAGAGUCAUCAACAUCUGCCCCGGCAGUAGCACAGGAUGAGAUUCCUACGAAAAUGGAGCUGGGCGUGGGAGACGCGGUCAAAAUUGUCCACCACACCCACAAGGAUAAGACCAAGAAACGGAAAACCACCUUCAUCUUCUUGCUUGGGAGUCUGUUCGGUAUCAUUGCCGCGGGCUUCCUAGCCAAGGAGAAUGAUCUAAUUCCCGAGAUGGGUGAGCUCAGCAUGUUUGACACUAUAUUCGAGGCACUGCCCGCAGGUUUAGCAAAGGACCUGCGAGACUUAAUGAAGGGCGAGCGCGAAAUGGUCGACAGCGUUGAUUCGUUCGCCGUCGGAUACAAAGCACGAAGCGAGGGUCUCGAAGUCGACCACCCCGUCAUAAUGAUUCCAGGUGUCAUCUCGACUGGCCUUGAAUCUUGGGGUACUGGGAAUAUAUCGCGUCCCUACUUUCGAAAGAGGUUGUGGGGCAGUUGGACAAUGAUGAAAGCGUUGGUGAUGGACAAGGAGGUGUGGAAGAAGCACAUUAUGCUCGAUAAAAGGACUGGACUCGACCCUCCUGGUAUCAAGCUGAGAGCUGCUCAGGGCUUUGAUGCUACCGAUUUCUUCAUUACGGGUUACUGGAUCUGGAACAAGAUAUUCGAAAACCUCGCGUCUCUGGGCUACGAUCCUACAAAUUCGUUCACUGCGGCAUAUGACUGGAGGCUGUCAUAUGCGAAUCUCGAGACCCGCGAUCAGUACUUCACCAGAUUGAAGAACUAUGUGGAACUAGCUCAUGGGUUUUCCGGAAGGAAGGUCGUCCUCGUGUCGCACAGCAUGGGUGGACAGGUUAUGUUCUAUUUCUUUCACUGGGUCGCGUCACAGAAAGGAGGCAAGGCGGGCGACGACUGGGUCGAAGAACACGUCGAGGCGUGGAUUAACAUUAGCGGAUGCAUGUUAGGAGCUGUGAAAGACAUCCCGGCCAUCCUGUCGGGAGAAAUGAGAGACACGGCUCAGCUGAACGCAUUUGCCGUAUAUGGAUUGGACAAAUUCUUGAACAAGGAUGAAAGAGCUGAGAUGUUCCGUGCGAUGCCAGGUAUCUCUUCCAUGAUGCCGAAAGGAGGUGAACGCGUUUGGGGCAAUCUUACAUGGGCUCCGGAUGACCAGCCAGGCCAGAAGAACUCGUAUGGAUCCGUGCUUAACUUUCGCACCGGUGUCAACUGGACGGCCCCGGACAAAAACUUCACGGUAGCCCAAUCUAUGGACUACAUUAUGAACACCACCGAGGACUGGUACCGAGACCAAAUGAAGGACAGCUACUCACAUGGCAUCGCAGACACGACAGCCCAGGUGGAAGUCAACGAGAACAACCCCCGCAAGUGGAUCAACCCGUUGGAAUCCCGUCUACCGUUGGCCCCGUCUCUGAAGAUCUAUUGCUUCUAUGGCGUGGGUAAGCCCACCGAGCGGGCAUACUAUUACCGCACUCCAGAAAUGCCCAGCUUGACAAAUCUCAACGUCACCAUUGACACGGCACUAACCGUGGAUGAUAUUGACCAUGGCGUCAUUAUGGGUGAGGGCGAUGGCACAGUCAACUUGCUCAGCACGGGAUACAUGUGUCAUAAGGGCUGGAAACUCAACCGGUACAACCCAGCGGGAGUGCAAAUCAUUACACACGAGAUGGCACAUGAGCCGGAGCGAUUCAAUCCCAGAGGAGGGCCGAACACGGCAGACCACGUGGAUAUUCUGGGUAGACAGAAUCUGAAUGAGCUGAUCUUAAGAGUAGCGGCGGGCAAAGGGCACAUGAUUCAAGAGAAUAUUGUCAGUAACAUCUCAGAGUACGCUGAAAAGGUCAAAAUUUACGAAGAGGGCGAGGAGCCCCAGGAUUGGGAAGCGGAGAAGCAAGAGGCGGAUGGGGAGCCUGAAUGACGGCAUGAUUGAUUAGGUAUAUGUGGAUGCAUAGAGCAUGAUGGCGUUCAGAGUAUUUACAUUUGGCUCAAAUGGGGCCUUCGGCGGCUUUAGCCAAGUAAUUCUCGCGUGAUGGGGAGGGGGUGAGGGCAUAAGGCACAUGCGUAUACUACCCGAUGGUGGGGUUUCGGCGAUGUGGUUCUGAUCGAGGCAAUACCCCGUUUAUUCAUUUCUGGAAGCUCAUAUAGAAGGCAGUAUGGUUGGGCUGAAUAUAUACA